AUGAAGGGUGACCAGUCUAUGGGCAAACCAAUAAAAUUUAAGGAAAAACACCCAUCAACUGAUAUGAGUCUGCUGCACAGAGAUAGAUCAAACCCACCAGAGGCCAGCUGUGGGUCCAUGAAGACCGACCAGUCUAUGGGCAAGCCAGUAAAAUUUAAGGGAAGACAAACAUCAACUGAUCUGAGAAGCACAUUCAAAACAAAUCUGAUGAAGAAGUUUCAGUGUCUGCAUGAAGGAACAGCAAAACAGGGAAACCCAAUACUCCUAAAUGAGAUCUACACAGAGCUCUACAUCACAGAGAGUAACAGUGGAGAGAUUAAUAAACAGCAUGAGGUGAGACAGAUUGAGACACAAUCCAGGACAGCAGCAACAGAGGACACACCAAUAAACUGCAAUGACAUCUUUAGACCUUUACCUGGACAAGAGAAAACCAUCAGAAUUGUGCUGACAAAGGGAGUCACUGGCAUUGGAAAAACAGUCUCUGUGCAAAAGUUUAUUGUGGACUGGAGUGAUGGGAAAGCAAAUCAGGACAUCCAGCUCAUAUUUCCACUUCCUUUCAGAGAGCUCAACUUGAUGAAGGAGAAAAAACUCAGCCUUUCAGAUCUACUUCAGCUUUUUUUUCCUGAAACAAAAGAAAUUAAUAUAUCCAGUGAUGAAUAUAAAGUUUUCUUCAUCUUUGAUGGUCUGGAUGAGUGUAGUCUGGCUAUGGAUUUUCAGAGCAAUGUGAUGUUGUGUGAUGUAAGUAAAUCUGCCACAGUGGAUGUGCUACUAACAAACCUCAUUGCGGGAUAUCUGCUGCCCUCUGCUCUCAUCUGGAUCACCUCCAGACCAGCAGCAGCUGAUCUCAUCCCCUCUGUGUAUGUCAAUCGAGUGACAGAGGUACGAGGCUUCAGUGGCCCACAGAAGGAGGAAUACUUCAGGAAGAGAGUCAGUGAUCAGAGUCUGGCUGACAGGAUCAUCUCACACCUAAAGUCGUCAAGAAGCCUCCACAUCAUGUGCCACAUCCCAGUGUUCUGCUGGAUCUCAGCCACUGUUCUAGAGGGUUUGUUGCGGAAAUUGUGGAAAGGAGAGAUUCCUAAGACUGUUACUCAAAUGUACACAUACUUUCUGAUCCUUCAGAAAAACAUUAAACAUGAGAAGGACUAUGAGAAGAAAGUGAAAGAUGAAGACAUGAUCCUCAAACUGGGAAAACUGGCUUUUCAGCAGCUUGUGAAAGGCAACCUGAUCUUCUAUGAUAAAGACCUGAGCGAGUGUGGCAUUGAUGUGACAGAAGCAUCUGUGUACUCAGGAUUGUGCACACAGAUCUUCAGAGAGGAAUUUGGCUUGUAUCAGGGGAAGGUGUUCUGCUUUGUUCAUCUGAGCAUUCAGGAACAUCUAGCAGCUCUGUAUGUGCACCUCUCCUUUACAGACUACAUAAAUGUGUUUGACCAAGCCACCGAACAAAAUAUCUUCUCUAAGGUCUUAAAUUGGAUGAAAAAUAAUUCUUUAUCUGGCUUACAUGAGACAGCUGUGGAUGAGGCUUUACAGAGUAAGAAUGGACAUCUGGACCUUUUCCUGCGAUUUCUUCUGGGUCUCUCAGUGGAGUCUAAUCAGACUCUCUUACAAAAACUACUAACACAGACAGGAAGCUGCUGCUACAAUAAAAAGGAAACAGUUGAGUACAUCAAACAGAAGAUCAGGGAGAAUCCCUCGCCAGAGAGAUGCAUCAAUCUGUUCCACUGUCUGAAUGAACUGGGAGAUGAUUCACUAAUGCAGGAGAUACAGGAUUAUCUAAGAUCUGGAAAAAUAAAUCAAAUUAAACUCUCUUCUUCACAGUGGUCAGCUCUGGUUUUUGUGUUGCUGACAUCAGAGCAGAAAAUGGAAAAUUUUGAUCUAAAAAAAUGUAUAGGAGCACAAAAUACAGCAGAUGAAGUUCUUCAAAAACUGCUACCUGUGAUCAAAGAAUCCAGAUCAGCUCAACUGAAUAAGUGUGGUGUCACAGAUAAAGGAUGUGCUGUUCUGGCUUCAGCUCUAAGCUCAAACCCUUCAAGUCUGAGAGAUCUGGAUCUAUCUGGAAAUAAGCUACAAGAUGCAGGAGUGAAGCUGAUCUCAGAUGGACUGAUGGAUCCUCACUGUAAUCUGGAAUCACUGCAGUUGAAUGAUUGUGGUGUCACAGAUGAAGGUUGUGCUGCUCUGGCUUCAGCUUUAAGAUCAAACCCCUCACACCUGAGCUAUUUGGACCUAACUGGAAAUAAACUAAAAGAUCUAGGAAUUAAUCUGAUCUCUUCGAUACUGGAUGAUCCUCACUGUAAACUGAAAACACUGCGGCUGGUUGACUGUGGUGUCACAGAUAAAGGUUGUGCUGUUUUGGCUUCAGCUCUAAGAUCACACCCCUCACAACUGCGAGAACUGAAUCUGUCUAGAAAUAAACUAGGACCAUCAGGAGUAAAACUACUCUCUAAUGGACUGGAGGACCCUCACUGUAAUCUGGAGAUACUAAGGUUGAUGAAUUGUGGUAUCACAUAUGAAGGUUGUGCUGCUCUGGCUUCAGCUUUGAGAUCAAACCUCUCACACCUGAGACAUCUCAAUUUGUCUAGAAAUAAACUACAUGACAAAGGAGUGGAUCUGCUGUCUGCUGGACUGAAGGAUCCCCACUGUAAACUAAAAACACUGUGGCUGAUGGAUUGUAGUGUUAGCGAUAAAGGUUGUGCUGCUCUGGCUUCAGCUCUGAGAUCAAACCCCUCACACCUACAAAAACUGGAUUUGACUAGAAAUUUUCUUGGAAAGUUAGGCAUGAAACUGCUCUCUGCUCUGAAGGAUGAUCCGGAUUAUGAAUUGAAGAAACUUCUGUUUUAGAUGUUAGUCUGACCUUCUCUGGAUUGUCUGACAGUGAAUAAAGAGCCACUGAAGAAACUUCACAUUUAACAAAGACAAUUCCAUAGUGAUCAUAACACACAGAUGUGAUAAUGCUACUUUCCAUAAUGAUCCAAAAGUAAAACAAAGAAACUAUUUGUUUCUUUCUCAGAAGUGACAUUUGUACUGGGACACCAUUUCAUAUUGAAAUAUUAUCUUCUGUUCAAUCCAUAAUACAGUACAUUUUAGAUUUAAAAAAAGAAAAUAA